AUGCCAGUCAUGGCUUCCACACCACCAAAGUCCAAGUACGAUAUCCUGCCCAGGAUGCAGGUUAAGGGGCCCUUCUCGGUCCCUUCCCCUGGCGCGGAGGCCAAGGAGGGCGAGACUGUUCCCCGCCGACUGCCGCAAGCUGUUCCCGACUUGAUCACCCUCCCCGGCGGUACCAUCACCACCACCUACGAGCUCGUUAAAUCGAGCGCCGAAAAAUAUGGCAAUGCCAAGUGCCUGGGUUCGCGCAAGCUCAUCACCACUCACCGCGAGACAAAGAAGGUCAAGAAAAUGGUAGACGGCGAGGAGCGCGAGGUGGACAAGCAGUGGACGUAUUUUGAGCUGAGCCCUUACGAGUAUAUCACCUACCACGAGUAUGAGCGUCUCACUCUUCAAGUUGGUUCUGGUCUUCGCAAGCUGGGCAUGGUCAAGGGCGAUCGCGUACACAUAUAUGCCGCGACGAGCGCGCACUGGCUUGCCAUGUCACACGGUGCCGCAUCCCAGUCCAUGCCCGUCGUGACAGCGUACGACACAUUAGGCGAGCAGGGUCUGAGAUACUCGAUGGUCGCCACCGCUGCCAAGGCCAUUUUUCUUGACCCGCACCUCUUGCCUACUCUCGUGAACGUGCUUAAUGAUGCAAAGGACAUUCGCUAUGUCAUCUGGAACAAUCAAAACCAGGUCCAGCAGACUCAUGUCGAUCAGCUCAAGUCGGCGCACCCCGAAGUUACCAUUCUGAGCUUUGAAGAUUUGCGAAAGCUUGGAGAGGAGAACGCCGCUGACCCUGUGCCCCCUUCUCCCGAUGACCUUUGCUGUAUCAUGUAUACGUCAGGUUCAACCGGCACUCCUAAGGGUGUCCCUUUGAAGCACAAGAGCGUUGUCGCCGCUGUUGCCGGUGUUAGUGUCGUUGUGCAGCCGCACAUCGGACCUGGAGACGGUCUCCUAACCUAUCUUCCUCUCGCCCACAUUCUCGAGUUUGUUUUUGAGAAUGCUUGCCUCCACUGGGGCUCCACCAUGGGUUACGGCAACCCCAAAACCUUGUCCGACAACUCUGUCCGAAACUGCGCCGGUGAUAUCAGGGAAUUCAAGCCUUCUGUCAUGGUUGGCGUUCCUGCGGUCUGGGAAACGGUGAAGAAGGGAAUCAUUGCCAAGGUCAAUGCUGGCAGCCCACUUGUAAAGACCCUCUUCUGGAACGCAUUGUCUAUCAAGACGAACCUUAUGAAUGCUGGUCUUCCAGGUGCCGGCGUCCUUGAUGCUGUGGUCUUUAAAAAACUCAAGGAAGCUACUGGCGGACGCUUGAAGUUGUGCAUGAACGGAGGUGGUCCCAUUGCCAAGGAAACCCAGCAGUUCAUCUCAAUGGCCAUUGCACCUAUGAUUAUUGGUUAUGGCCUCACUGAGACCAGUGCUAUGGGCUGUCUGAUGAAUCCCUUGGAGUGGAACAUCAACAACAUGGGAGCUAUGCCUGCCUCAAUUGAGGUUAAGCUAGUUGAUUUUCCUGAGGCAGGGUACUUUGCCAAUAACAAGCCUAACCCUCAGGGUGAAGUAUGGAUCCGAGGGCCCUCUGUAAUGGAUGAAUACUGGGAAAAUCCCAAGGAGACGAAAGAGGCCAUUACCGAAGACGGUUGGUUCAAGACUGGCGACAUCGGCGAGUUCGACAGCAACGGCCAUCUUAAGCUCAUCGACCGAAAGAAAAACUUGGUCAAGACUCUCAAUGGCGAAUACAUUGCUCUCGAGAAGCUUGAAUCUAUUUAUCGAGCCUCCGCAAUUGUAGCGAACAUUUGCGUUUAUGCCGAUGCGAACAAGGCGAAGCCCGUCGCCAUUAUCGUCCCCGCUGAACCCGCUCUAGUGAAGCUGGCGCAGAGCAUCGGUGUAAAGGGCAGUACUCUAGAGGAGCUUGUUCAUGACAAAAAGCUGCAAAGUGCCGUCACCAAAGAACUGCAAAACGCUGGUCGACAGGGUGGCCUCUCUGGUAUUGAGAUUAUAGAGGGAGUCGUGCUGUCCGAUGAGGAAUGGACGCCUCAAAAUGACUUGGUCACGGCUGCUCAGAAGCUCCAGCGCAAGAAGAUCCUGGAAAAGUAUAAGAGCGAGGUCGCCAAGGCAUACGGUUCGUCUGACUAA